CUUUUCCGCAUCGCGCAGCCGCCCAAGACUCCACUGCCAAGGCCGGGGCCAGGAGACACUUCCGGUCGGCCUGGCCCUGCCCGACGGCAACGGGCAGCUGCGCCGCAGCGUCGCCGCUCGGCACCGACCACGGCGCACUCUGGAGCUGUGGUCUGCCCGCAGUCCCCUCUUAGAGUUCACCAGGCGCGUGAGAUUCGGGCAGGUCCACGCCGCGACGGCGCUGGCGGCCUUGAGCCCGCAGACCUGCCCGAACGUGCCCGAGAGCAGGGAAGAGCACCUGUCGGAGGAGCACGACGAGGGCGAAUGCGAGCUCCUCGGUCUCGACUCGCCCAUUGAACGCAAGCAACUUCAGCGGAUGCUGCUCUAGACCAGCCAGACGAGCGGGUCGGCGACCCGCAGACGCGAGCGGGAUCGGGAGGACUUCCCCCAUGCCUCGACGGCCUCCAGGGGCUGCUGCUGGGGCGAGAAGAGGGGCGGCCGUGCAAGAAGGCAGGGGACCUCUCAGAAGGGCGCUAGGGGCUUCCGAGAAGGCCUCUGAGAGGCCCAGAGGGUUUCUUAAAAGGAACCCUCUGUGCCUUCGUAAAGGCCGAAUCCCUCUUGCGGCCUC